AUUUCCUCCUCGUCUCGCAACCAACAAACCAACCAGCCACCAUGGCCAGCACCGUCCGCCACGCACUGCGCAAGACCACGGGCCUUGUUGGCCUCAAGCGCAUUGUCAAUGCACGCGAGGUGCUCGAGAGCGUGUACAACGACACGUCCGCUGUCCUCUCCAAGUUUCCCGAGGCGUCUGCAUACCGCCAGAAGAUGCUUGCCAUCACCAAUGACCGCCUCAACCUCCUCAAGCAGAGUGCUGAGAUUCAUGAAUUCGAGAAUGCUCUGGGCCAAGGCCAGAUUGAGGAAGUGAUUGACGCGGCUGAGGAUGAGCUGAGCUUGGCCAAGACGCUUGCGGAACAGAAGGUGUGGGAGCCGCUUGCAGAGAACCCGCCCAAGGGCCAGUGGAAGUGGCCUUAGACGCAAACACAUGCAGCAGCAGCACCCAUUUAAUCUUGCUCCUUUGCCAGUCUUGCUUGUUUUGUGGUUUUGUGCAUGCACGCGUAUGUGUGUUUCCCCACUCGUUCGUCGCUGUGUUGUGGUUGUCUCGUGGCUUGUCCCCUUCACAAGUUGUCGUGUGUGGUUGGUUCACUGUGCCAUGGCCUUUCUUGCACGCAAAAGUCAGUAAACAGUGAUGCGCAGCUUGGGUUGCGCCUGAGAAGCAAGA